CUUUUACCCCGUGCGCGAUGUCAGUGUUGCGCGCCAAGGCGUCGCCGUCGCCAACGAUGCUGCCGCGUAUCAUGGAAUACGCUUCAAGACCACAGACGGGAGUCACGCUGCAGCAAUUUCUCGAGUUUGGUAGCGACAUCACUCCAUCCAAGUUGAUCCACAGCGCCAAGUUUCUCCAUCGUGAACUGCCCAUUCGGUUCUCGCACCGCGUCAAGGAUCUUGACACCUUGCCGUACGGACUGUGUCAAAUGCCGUCCGUGCAACUUGUGAAAAAAUGGUAUGUCAAGUCGUUCGAGGAACUCGUCGCGUUCCCGCGUGUCAGGACAAGCGAAGACGAACGCGCGUUUGCUGCGCUCGUCGAGUCGGUUUGGGAGCGGCACAAUGGCACGUUGUACACGAUGGCACGUGGCGUGCACGAACUCAAGACACACAUGGCCGCAUCUCGUUCGGCGGGGAAGCCGUCGCUUUCACUGUCGGACAUGCACGACUUGCAUUCGUUUCUCGACGGGUUCUACCUCAGUCGCAUUGGCAUUCGAAUGCUGAUGAGCCAACACAUUGCCCUCCACGAACAAGAGCAUGGAUGGGUGGGGUGCAUUUGCGAGUCGACAUCCCCGGCAGAAGUCGCACUUGCCGCCGUGCACACAGCACGGCACAUGUGUAUCCGCCACUAUGGCGACGCGCCUGAGGUUGAACUCCACGGCCACACGGACUUUGUCAUGCCGUUCGUGCCGAGCCAUCUACAUCACAUGCUCUUCGAAGUGCUCAAGAACUCGAUGCGUGCAGUGGUCGAAUUCCACGGGGUGGACAACCCACUGCCGCCCAUCAAACUUGUCGUAGCGGACGGCGAUGACAACGAAGACGUCAGCAUCAAGAUCUCAGACGAAGGCGGUGGCAUUCCCCGGAGCGCAUUGCCUCGCAUUUGGAGCUACAUGUACACAACAGCAAACGAAGGAGCGUUCGUGGCCCUCGAAGGCGACACCCCGAUGGACUUUGGGGGCGAGUCACCGCUCGCUGGUCUCGGCUACGGCCUGCCUAUCUCAAGGCUGUUUGCGCGGUAUUUCGGAGGCGACCUCCAAAUUAUCUCAAUGGAGGGAUAUGGCACGGAUGCAUAUUUGCAUCUCAAACGCGUCGGGGAUGCGUCGGAGCCCCUGCCAUGAGAGCAAUCCGUUGCUUCUUCCGCAUUUGCUUCAAUACAACAAUAUAUGUGCCUUGCCAUAGAAUCUCAAC